AUGGCCCAUCAACACCCCUACCACCUAGUAGACCAAAGACCCUGACCCCUCACCGGGGCUAUUAGCGCUCUCAUGAUGACUUCCGGUCUAAUACUAUGAUUCCACACAAAAAGAAACUCACUACUUAUUGCAGGGACUCUGCUCCUUACCCUAACUAUCCUAAAAUGAUGGCGAGACGUAAUACGAGAAGCAACAUUUCAAGGCAGACACACCCUACCGGUUAACACCGGGCUGCGAUACGGAAUGAUACUUUUUAUUACCUCGGAGAUUUGCUUUUUCUUCGCUUUCUUCUGAGCAUUCUUCCACAGCAGCCUAGCACCAACCAUUGAGCUAGGUGUAUCCUGACCCCCAACUGGAAUUAGUCCAAUCAACCCCUUUCUGGUUCCUCUCCUCAACACCGCCGUCCUACUCUCAUCCGGGGUAACAGUCACUUGAGCCCACCACAGCAUUCUAGCCGGAAACCGCACAGAAUCCAUACAAGCCCUAUUUCUAACAAUAGCCCUGGGUAUAUAUUUCACCGCCCUGCAAGCCUGAGAAUACUACGACUCACCAUUUACCAUAGCCGACAGAGUAUAUGGCUCUACAUUUUUUGUGGCCACCGGCUUCCACGGACUUCACGUACUCAUAGGAACAACUUUCCUCUUAAUAUGCUUCUUACGAUUAAUAUUCUUCCACUUUUCCAACAACCACCACUUUGGCUUCGAGGCGGCUGCCUGAUACUGACACUUCGUAGACGUAGUCUGACUAUUUCUAUACGUUUGCAUCUAUUGAUGAGGAUCCUAA